UCCGCGGUCACACUGAUUACAUAGCUACGGAGUUUCGAUUUUUCCAGCCCAAAUAAUUUUUCUGUUUGCAAAAAAAUAAGCGCUUUUGUGCAACGAAAAUUUUACAAAUGUGGUUGCUUUAAGCAAGCAGCAAAAUUGCAUUUCCGAAAUUUUCCGCCUGCAGCUGGCCCUGGACGUGCUUUGUAUCCGUGGAGAACAGAGAAGCAAAGAUAGACGCCGUGUGGGGUUGGGUUGCUUCCGCCCCGCUGCGCUUAGCGGCGAACAGAAUGGGCGACCUUCCGGGCUCCACGGGCGGAGGAAGUGGCCCAGCUGCAGUCGGAAAUGCAAGUGGAAAUGCUAGUUCUGCAGGCAACACAGGCCUUGGUGUGGCCGGCACCACGGGCGUGGACCGUCCACCAUCUCCGGCCCGCCUCUCGCACACAUCCGAGAAGCAUCCAAAGGUGACGCUAACCGAGCUCAACAUGCUGCGGCGCCAUCGCGAGCUGUGCGACGUUGUGCUCAAUGUCGGUGGGCGCAAAAUCUUCGCCCAUCGGGUUAUACUAUCCGCCUGUAGCUCUUACUUCUGUGCAAUGUUCACGGGAGAGCUGGAGGAGUCACGCCAAACAGAGGUCACCAUACGCGACAUCGACGAGAACGCCAUGGAACUGCUCAUCGACUUUUGCUACACGGCCCACAUCAUUGUCGAGGAGUCCAACGUGCAGACUCUGCUGCCAGCCGCCUGCCUGCUUCAGCUGGUGGAGAUCCAGGACAUUUGCUGCGAGUUCCUCAAGCGCCAACUGGACCCGACCAACUGCCUGGGCAUCCGAGCCUUUGCCGACACACACUCCUGCCGCGAGCUGCUUCGCAUUGCCGACAAAUUUACCCAGCACAACUUCCAGGAGGUGAUGGAGAGCGAGGAGUUCUUGCUGCUGCCCGUUGGCCAGCUGGUGGACAUUAUCUGCAGCGACGAGCUUAACGUCCGCUCCGAGGAGCAGGUCUUCAAUGCGGUCAUGUCCUGGCUAAAGUACAAUGUGGCCGAGAGGCGCCAGCAUUUGGCCCAGGUACUCCAACACGUCCGUAUGCCUCUACUCUCUCCAAAGUUCCUGGUCGGCACUGUGGGCGCCGAUCUCCUGGUCCGCAGCGACGAGGCUUGCCGGGAUCUAGUGGAUGAGGCCAAGAACUAUCUGCUGCUGCCCCAGGAGCGCCCUCUGAUGCAGGGUCCACGCACCCGACCCCGCAAGCCAACACGUCGCGGCGAGGUUCUGUUUGCCGUAGGAGGCUGGUGCUCCGGCGACGCAAUUGCCUCAGUGGAGCGCUUCGAUCCGCAGACCAACGACUGGAAAAUGGUUGCACCCAUGAGCAAGCGACGCUGCGGUGUAGGCGUGGCCGUCCUCAACGAUCUACUCUAUGCUGUGGGUGGCCACGACGGUCAGAGUUACCUGAACAGCAUCGAGCGCUACGACCCGCAGACGAAUCAAUGGUCCUGUGAUGUGGCACCCACCACCUCGUGCCGCACCAGUGUGGGCGUGGCGGUGUUAGACGGUUUCUUGUAUGCUGUGGGUGGCCAGGACGGGGUCCAGUGCCUGAAUCACGUGGAGCGCUACGAUCCCAAGGAGAACAAGUGGUCCAAGGUGGCCCCGAUGACCACACGACGUCUAGGCGUCGCGGUGGCCGUCUUGGGCGGUUUUCUCUAUGCGAUUGGUGGCUCGGAUGGCCAAUGUCCCUUGAAUACAGUAGAGCGCUAUGAUCCUAGGCAAAACAAAUGGGUGGCCGUCAGUCCCAUGUCCACGCGUCGCAAGCACUUGGGCUGUGCGGUGUUCAACAACUAUAUCUAUGCCGUUGGCGGGCGAGAUGAUUGUAUGGAGCUCUCGUCCGCUGAGCGCUAUAAUCCACUGACCAACACCUGGAGCCCCAUUGUGGCCAUGACCUCGCGACGCAGCGGGGUCGGCCUGGCCGUGGUGAACGGACAACUGUACGCGGUGGGCGGCUUUGAUGGCUCCGCCUAUCUGAAGACCAUCGAGGUGUACGAUCCGGAGACGAAUCAAUGGCGUCUCUGUGGCUGCAUGAACUACCGCCGCCUGGGCGGUGGCGUGGGCGUGAUGCGUGCUCCUCAGACUGAAAACUAUAUGUGGAUACGCAAGGAUUCUGUUGUCUGAUGGGAGAAGCAUCCGCCGUCGUUGACGUUGCCCUCGCAAACGUUGCCGCCGCCGCAUUUCUAUUAGCAAUUGAAGCCAAAUUUAAACCCCCCUACCACCCUCACUCCCACCCAUCCACUCCUCUCCUCUCCACUCCAAUCAACUCCACUCUACUCCCGAAUCCGUUGCUUAGCAGAUUGUCUCUGAAUGUACUAUGUGUUAAUUGUUUAUGUCGUAGAGCCUAAGCGUAAGCCCAAGCCCCUCCCCCAGAAUAGUAGUAUAAGAGAUAGAAGCCCAACUAACUAAUCCCUCACUCGUCACCAUCACCCACCCCAUCACUCCUGUACGUAAUUGAAUGAUUGUAACUAAUAUUACACUAGUACUAGUACUCUAAGCAGCUAUAACUGAUGGACAACUCGAAAUCGUAAUACCUAGAAGAUGUUGCUGGUUGAAAUUUCAUGGAAAUUGCUAGCCCAUGCCCCACGCCCCAUGCCUUCUUUCGGUAACAGAGUUAAAACAAAACACGAAUCAAAUACUAAACAUUAAACAGAAUUCAGUUAGCUAUAAAUUGAAUAUCAAUGAGCUCUAAAGUCAAGUAACAAAUUGGUAUUAACAUAAUUUACAUAGUAUUAAGCAAAUAAUUCAAAAAAGUUUGCCCCCUGGCCCUGUUUGUAUUAUUUAUUAUUAUUUGAUCAGUAGGACAGUUCUUUUUUGAACAUUAUAUUAUGUGGUAUUUCAAGUAGACAGAAAAGUUUAAAAUAAGAUCAAAUAAGCUUGUCUGUUGAGCUUAAGAAUCCACGAAAAAUACACGAAAAGUUGCAAUGAACAAAGUCUAAAGUCUAAAGAUAGCCCAAGAAACAUUUCAAUAGUAAAAUUAACGAGUCCAUUUAAAGUCUACGCCUAGUUGUAAGUCGAAAAAUUGUAAUAUUGUUAAUCGUAGAUUGAAUGCCGGUGAAGGUGACAGAAAUACCCUUGGCUGGCAGUUUCCCAAAUGCAGCGCAGCAGAUCGAGUUUUAUUGUUAAACCAAGUUUGACGACCUGCAAAGACCUGCGCUGAAAGAACCAACUCGAAAUUAUUCGGUGGCCACGUUUUUUUUUGUUAUUUGAACUUUUAUUUAUUUAAAAUUGAUUAUUUAUUGUACGCUUUUGCAUCUCAUUGUAUGUAUGUAUUUACUUUAUUUUAUUAUUGUGCACCUUUGUCAUUAAUUUAUACUGUUGUUAAACCGAGAGCAAAUCGUAUGGAAUUUUGCUUCCAGAUGAAGAAUAAGAAUAGCAUUUACAAAACGAAAACGAACCUUAUUUAUAUGGUAGGGUUAAGAAACAGAUAAACACCCACACACCACACAAUACAAAACACACACCAAGCAAAUAUUAAACAAUAGAAAUUGAUAGUUACAUUAAAUGGAAUACAAAUAUAACGCAAAAA